UUCAAACAGGAGCUAACAAAAGCCCUAUAAAUUCUUCACCAAUCGGGUCUCAUUUCCAUCAUAGUUCAUCGAUCCCAAGUUUGCUGAAGCAGCAGUUUCCAACCAAAAAAACAAAAAUGGAAGAUUUUAUUUUCAGAGGGUUUCUGUCUUCUUCUUUACUUCUAUCUCUCUAUGUUGUGUUUAGAGUUGCUCACACUUUUUGGCUGAAGCCGAAAAGCCAAGAGAAGCGUUUGAGGAAGCAAGGGAUCAGAGGCACCUCUUACAAGAUUUUGAAUGGUGAUAUGAAUGAGUUUGCAAGGUCUUCUAAAGAAGCAAGGUCCAGGCCCAUUGCUCUAAAUCAAGAAAUUGCACCACGUGUCCUUCCAUUCUUUUAUAAAAUGGUGCAAAUUUACGGAAAGGUCUCCCUGUGUUGGAUGGGGACAAGACCUAGCCUGCUAUUAGCUGAUCCAGAGCUGGUGAGGUUGGUGUUAACAGACACGAGUGGUCACAUUAUAAAGCCACCGCGAAAUGCCCUUGUGGGUCUAUUGCAACUGGGAGUCUCAACCUUGGAAGGAGACAAAUGGGCCAAACGCAGAAGGUUGAUGACACCUGCCUUCCACGUUGAGAGAUUAAGGGGGAUGAUCCCAGCAUUUUCAGCCUGCUGUUGUGAUCUGGUUCAGCGAUGGAAGAAAUUAGCAGGUCCUCAGGGAUCAUGUGAAUUGGAUGCUGCACGCGAAUUUAAUAUUCUUGCAAGUGAUGUUAUAGCUCGAGCAGCCUUUGGAAGCAGCUAUGAAGAGGGAAAGAAAAUAUUUGAUCUUCAAAAAGAUCAAGUCAUUUUGGUCCUUGAAGCUUUUUAUUCCAUUUACUUCCCUGGUUUGAGAUUCAUACCCUCUAAAAAGAACAAGAAGAGAUACAGCAUAGACAAAGAGAUAAAAGCAGCAUUGAGAAAUAUUAUCCAUAAGAAGGAGCAGGCCAUGCAAAAUGGAGACUUAGGCGAUGCUGACUUGCUAGGCUUGCUUUUAAAGGGCAGGGAUGAUGCUGAUAAUGACAUGAAAAUUGAAGAUGUAAUCGAGGAAUGCAAGUUGUUCUUCUUUGCAGGCCAAGAGACCACAGCAAACUUACUCACUUGGACACUGAUAGUUCUAUCUAUGCAUCCAGACUGGCAAGAGAAAGCAAGAGAAGAAGUUUUGCAGAUUUGUGGCAAGAGAACACCUGAUAUCGAUAGUAUAAAACAACUCAGAAUUGUCUCAAUGAUCUUAAACGAGGUACUAAGACUAUAUACACCUGUGAAUCUUCUGUAUCGACAUACUCUGAAGGAAACAAGCAUUCGAGGAAUGUCCAUUCCAGCUGGGGUAGACCUCCUGUUACCAUUCUUGUUUCUUCACUAUGAUCCUGAGUAUUGGGGAGACAACGCUGGAGAAUUCAAACCAGAGAGGUUCUCUGAAGGAGUUUCAAAAGCAUCAAAGGAUGAAAUUGCAUUUUACCCUUUUGGUUGGGGCCCUAGAUUUUGUCUAGGCCAAAACUUUGCCUUGACUGAAGCAAAGAUGGCUCUGACUAUGAUUCUACAAAAUUUCUGGUUUGAGCUUUCACCCUCUUACACGCAUGCUCCUUGUAAUGUCAUAACUCUUCAACCACAACAUGGAGCUCCUAUUAUACUACACCAAUUAUAAGGUUUACAUAGUACUUUAGUAUCUUAGGAAGGGAAGCAACUCAGUUGAAUGAGUUACAGCAGGUUGUCCCAAUGUUUUGUUGUCAACCAGGAACAAGUUGGUGCAGUGGAGAGUGUUGUUUCUAUGCAUAAUGUUGCCAUCUGCUAUUGUAUUAAAGUGAUUAUUCCCUUUUCUUUCUUUUGGUUCUGAUGAUUGUUCAUAGUAUGUGCUUAUGAAAGCACCACCUAAUGGAGAAAGAUGCUUGUUUCCUUCAA